CAUCACAUUCUGUGUUAUUGCCAUGUUAACUCCACAUGCAGCUUGAGCAUUCAGUCUUCUGACCUGUUCCACCUAUACAGGGCAUUUUAUGGCUUAAGGAUGACGGCCUAGAAGGGAAGGGAGAGAUUUACUUUGGAUUAAAUUUACAAUGGGAAAGUGCUUAAGCUGCUGCAAAGAGGACCAGAGCUUCCAACGAUGUUCUCCAGAAGAUCAAGUUAGUACAGACGCCCAGCAUCGUGGAGCCUCUUCUGUUUCCCAACCAAGUAUAUCUCUUGGUCAUAAAACAUCUUAUUCCCCUGUAACACAUAAAGUCAAUUCAGCCAAAGCAAGUAGAAGGUUAUUAUCUGUAUCAAGUCCAUCUUUCUCUGAAAGAAGAUGUUCUUUAUUUGUUGGAUUUCAAAAAAGAAAUGCUUCCCCUUACUGGCAACAAAGUAGAGCUAACUUUGAUUCUGAAGAAGACACAAGCUUCACUGAUUUAAAAUCUUCCUCAGACCAUUGUGGUAGCUUUAUGUCCCGCAGAAGACGUUUCUCAUCCCAUAAACUAAGUAUAGUUUCCUAUUACAAGAGUGCCAUUUUUUUUGAUCCUCAAGCAAGUGGCCAGAAUGUGUUUAAUCUAAAUGAAAUCAAAAUCUUUUCUAAAACUUCAAGUAAUACUGAUGCUAAAAAACAUAUAACCAUCUCUGCUCCUGAAUAUAACACUAAAAAUUUUAAGAAUUUUGAAACAAACACUACUUCUCCAGCCUUUGGGAACACUAUUGAUACAGCCUCCUAUCAACAAAGCACAUCAUCCUUCUUUUCUCUUGCAAGUGAUAUUUCCUCUCCGGAUCAACAAAAUGGAAUUGCCACUGAUAUUCAACAAAGGGGCCAAUUAUGUAAAGAUUUAAAAGAUUUCCUUCAUCCUGGUCCUGAAAGUUACAGCACAGAUCAUUCUCCAAUCAUGAUUCCACAGCAUCCCUCUCAAAGUGGAACUUUCCCAUUCCUCCAUAAAGCUGGAUUUUCUUCAUCUUAUAAAAAUUCUGGUUGCUUUAUCCCACCUCAAAGCGAAUUAACUUCAGGCCCGUUUGAAGAUGAAGACUUUGCUGUCUUGUUUCAAGAUGAAGACAGAUCUUCACCUAUUGAAAUUCCUAAAAUAAGGUAUAUUACAGCUAAUACUGACACAGAAGAACAGAGUUUUCCAGUCCCUAAGGCAUUUAACACACAUGUAGAGGAAUUAAAUUUAGAUGUCCUUCUUCAGAAGGUAGAUCAUUUACGUAUGAGUGAGUCUGGCAAGUCGGAGAGUUUUGAACUACUUCGUGACCACAAAGAAAAGUUUAGAGAUGAAAUAGAGUUUAUGUGGCGAUUUGCUCGUGCUUAUGGAGACAUGUAUGAACUAUCUACAAACACACAAGAAAAGAAACAUUAUGCUAAUAUUGGAAAAACUUUAAGUGAAAGAGCUAUUAAUAGAGCACCCAUGAAUGGACAUUGUCAUCUGUGGUAUGCAGUUUUGUGUGGCUAUGUAUCUGAGUUUGAGGGUUUACAAAACAAAAUCAACUAUGGGCACCUCUUCAAGGAACAUCUAGAUAUAGCAAUCAAACUUUUACCAGAGGAACCCUUUCUAUAUUACCUCAAAGGGAGAUACUGCUAUACUGUCUCAAAACUGAGCUGGAUUGAGAAAAAAAUGGCUGCUACUCUGUUUGGAAAAAUACCAUCUUCAACUGUACAAGAAGCUUUACACAAUUUCCUUAAGGCUGAAGAACUCUGCCCUGGUUAUUCUAAUCCCAAUUACAUGUACUUAGCAAAGUGUUAUACUGAUCUUGAGGAAAACCAGAAUGCUUUGAAGUUCUGUAAUUUGGCAUUAUUGCUUCCUACUGUUACCAAAGAGGCCACACCAUGGAUGCUGUUUCUUCAGGAAAGACUUCCUUGACGCCUGCUGGCAAGAAAGCCCCUAUACUUUUCCUUGCUAUCAUUUCACAUAGUUAUUAUGUCAUUAUUAAUGUGAUUGUUCCAUGAAAGUAACAACCAGGUUUGUCUCAUUCAUCACUGUACCCCUAAUCCUGUGUAACUGCCUAGCAUAUAAUAAGCACUCAGUAAGUGUUGAUAGAAAGAACCAAGGCAUUAAUAUCGUACAAAUAAAAAUAAUAGUGUCAAUAGUAAUAAUAAAGAGGACUCCUAAUGAAUGUAAGAAGGCUAGACAUUGGAAGUAUUUCUGUAAUAAGCAAAAUAGUAUGAGCAAAUAUUUCUCACAUUGCAUUUUUCUCCUCAGUGAUGUCUCCAUUUGUAUUCUUAGGAAUUUUUUUCCAAGUAGUAAAGGUAUGUAAGGUAUAUUUCCAUUUCUUUUUCCAUGAGAAAAUAGGAUGAAGUGAGUUAUAUGUAAUACCCCUCCAUCUCUAUAAAGUUUUUUCAGAAUGAAAUAUACCCCAUUAGUGAUUUUGCUAACCAAGUUUAUUCAUUUCCAAAAUGUCUAGCAAUGCCACUAGUUACAAGAGGACAACCUAGCCAUCAGUUUACUCUCUCAUGUGAAAUUUCAUAAGAUGUUUGUUUCUUUCUUGUGGCAUUUAUAGCUUCUUCCUUGCAUUAUAGUCAUUUGUGGACAUGUCUUCUGUCCCCUAUUAGGGAACUCUCAGCUCAUCACACUGCUACUUGAUAUUGGGAGUGUCAGUCGUUUGGUCUCUAGAGCCCAGAUUCAAAGGUGUAAGCAGCUUUACAUUCCCAGAAUUUGAAACUACAGUAUUUUUAUUAUUCAUGUGGACUUUUCUUGACCCUAGGAAAGUAGUCUCAGAUCCUGAGAAACAUUUCUUUUUUAAAAAAGGGAUUUCUGUGUCUAAGACAGUGUGAGAAUGAUUGCUGAAUGAAAUAAUGACUUCACUGGCAACCUGAAAGUUGUUUGCCUGGAGGCAGUAUUAAAGUUCAUCAACGUGGAGCCUACUGAGAAAGCUCAAAUAUAAAAAGCAUUAUGUAAUGUUUUAUGAUAAGAGGUGCUAAACUGGUAAAGAAAAACCCAGAUUUUAAAAUUGCUGAAACAUUUUGAAAUGGCAUUAAUCACCUUUCUAAGACAAACAGACUCAUAGACUAGUAAAUCCAAUGUUACCAGAAACAAACCACAAAAAGAAGUGUACUCUGGGAGUGCUAAAAGUUAAGCGCACGUUAUAUUUAGCAAGUGGUAUAGUUGUCUUUGAAAUGGCCUGUUGAUUAAAGUUUUGAGCUGUAUUUCCAACCUGUUUUAUGAGUUGAGAAGCAUAACUCUCAUUGGUAACUGCUCUUAGUAACAAAAUCCUAAUUCUGCUUUAAAUGCUCUUUCUUAAUUAAGAUAUCAUAUUUGAUUAUGAUAUCUUGAAAACAUUGGUUUUCUGGAUAAGUUAUAAAACAGAAUUUGUAUCCAUUCACUCUGCCUUCCUGUUAUAGAAAUGCUACAGCUCAGGGUAAUAAAUGGGUCUCUUGUC